AUGUCUACAUCAAGAGCUAGAGCUAGUAACAAGGCCACUGCGGUAUUUGCACAGGGCGACGCAGUUAUUCGACCUUCCAAAAUCCCCGCGGUCCUACGAUUUCCCCUCGUCAAUACGCUGAGCUUGACCCUGUCAGCUUUGCUUUACUCCUUCGCGGCGGAAUACACAUCGGGCGAUCUGGCAAAAGUUUCAAGAACUUUGGAUCAGUGGUGGCAGGUCAGCGUGCUGGUGGGCUGGAGGACCUUUGAACUCGGCCUUGGAUGGUUUGGGGACUACGAUGGCUAUGAUUUAGUUUCUCUGAGUUUGCUUUCACAUGGGCCUCCUCUGUAUUUACUCGGGAGCUUCUAUGAAAUUAGCCCUGCCUCUGUCAUAUCCUCUCUCGUUAUCGAUUCCCUGACUACCUACAUUCCAUUCAGACUACUUCGACCUCUAUCUCUGGCACAUUCAGCUUCCAGUUCGAAAUACUCGGUCUCUGUUCGGAAUAAGGACAUCAUCACAUCCAACAGUAUCCAGGCAUAUACUGUAAUUUUAGGUGGCGCGAUAUACGCAGUGACUCUAUUCACGUCAUAUAGCACUUUCUUACCUGUCUACCUGGUCACGUACUUCGACGGUAUUCAUUCGAUUGCUGCCGCUCAUGCCUCUUCGCCAAUUGCCCUCUUUCCAACCACCUUUCUCCUUGGCCUUGCAGCCAAGUCAUUCAUCUUCACUCCUACCGUAACAGCUGCGCCAACUACGGAAGAUGCAAAGAAUGCUGCUUUCCACCCAGAAACCGCUACAUUCGGCGAGACCUUCUGGUACAAUGUUUGGGGAUACAGCAGCCGCAAGAAAGUGGUCAUUAAGAGAACUGCCACACUGAUGCUGGCCACUGGGAUCAACACCUUUGUGCAGACUUUCGUCACGAUCGAGGGUGUCGAGGCGGCUGGAGCUGUUGUUUACUCUGGUGUUUGGGUAGCUGCUGCUCUAAUCACUGGACUUACGUUGGGUGUAGUUGCAGACGUUUAG